ACACCGUAUCCUGCUCUCGACCAUCGUCAUUUUAUCGACUCGCGUCGCUAAUAGCUCAAUUAUCUUCCAACCACCCCAUCCACCAAAAUGACUGGAGGCAAAUCUGGAGGCAAGGCCAGCGGCAGCAAGAACGCUCAAUCCCGUUCGUCCAAGGCCGGUCUCGCCUUUCCCGUUGGUCGUGUCCACCGUCUUCUCCGCAAGGGUAACUAUGCCCAGCGUGUCGGUGCUGGUGCUCCCGUUUACCUUGCUGCCGUUCUCGAAUAUCUUGCCGCUGAAAUUCUCGAGUUGGCUGGAAAUGCCGCUCGCGACAACAAGAAGACUCGUAUCAUUCCCCGUCACCUCCAGCUCGCCAUUCGCAACGACGAGGAACUGAACAAGCUUUUGGGUCACGUCACCAUUGCCCAAGGUGGUGUCCUUCCCAACAUUCAUCAGAACCUUCUCCCCAAGAAGACCCCCAAGAGUGGAAAGGGCCCGGGAAGCCAGGAGCUGUAAACAAUUUCUUUCUAAUUUGGGUUCUCUGAUUCGGCGCGGUUUGGUUCUCUUAUUGAUGUGAUAACGGGGUUCUGGUCGGAACGUUUAUGGCUCUGCGUUUUCUUUUUCUAGUUUCCUUUCAGAGUUUAUGGUUGUACAUUAUGUCUACGGGCAUGGAAUGAUACCGACAGCAUUUUCAUGGAUUCAAUCUUUCCUUGGUUUAAAACCUGGGUGUUAUGCCUUUGAUUCAAGACUAUGAUGUCUUCCAGUCUUGUUUUCGAACACUGAAGCUUGUGUGGAGUCUUAACUGAGGAUAGUAGACUGGUUGAAUUUAUUCUAUCUAAAGCACUAUUAGGCCGGGUGGUCCGCGCACAGCAGUUACAAUGGCGAUAUUUAAUGGUGUGCGGCGCUUUCCGAAGCAACUAGCAGAUAGUGUCAAUACAAC